GCACUUGCAUUAUUAAGGUAUGUCCUGACAUUCAAGACGCAUAUUCUUCUCUAUAGGGUCGAGCGAAGCCACACCAUCACAUUUAUCAAUAGAUGUUCCCAGUGGGAGCAUUACUGGUCCUGUGUAGUUUAGUUUAGAUUGGUACAAUGUCUGCCGGCGAUGUGGCGGAUGUUACUGGUGACUUCAGAAUGGGUACAUGGAUGUGUCGAGAUGGCAACAAGGGUCCCCGUGGUCCACUAGAUGAUGACAAUGUAAAGAGCAUUCGUCACAGCCACAGGCAAUGUGUCGAAGACAGCAAAUCUGUGACUUUCUCUCAUAAAGGUACCCGUGAAGUUACCACAAGUAAAUACCGGCAGAUUGGGUCGGUGGUCAGUUGUUUCGUUGCCAACAUGUUUUAUGGUGGUCUGGCAGCCUCGUACGGUGUCAUGUACACAUACAUGAAGGAAUCUCUUGGUGUCUCAGAGGAGGAGGUGACUUGGAUAGGAGCUCUUUUUGGUGGAUUUUCUGGAAUUGCAUCCAUUCCUGGGGUAGUGUGUGUGGAUGGCCUCGGGGGUCGACUUACCACGUUAUUUGGAGGUUUGCUGGCCUUCACUGGCUUUAUCAUCGGCAGUCAGGUGAACGACCUGAAUGUGUUGUACUUCGCACUCGGUGUUUUGCCAGGUACUGGUGCGUGCUUUGCGUAUACAGCAACCAUGGUUCAUGUCACCAAACAGUUUUCAAAAUGGCGACCUGUAGCCGUUGGAAUAUCUGUAACUGGGUUAGCUGUUGGUAUGUUCAUGUGGCCACCAUUAUCAGCCGUUACUGCUGAAACGAUCGGGUGGCGGGGUACAUGUCUCAUCAAUGGUGCACUGACGCUACACUUAGUACCUUGCGCCAUGUUGAUAACUCCAAGAAACAGUACAAAUUCUUCUGAUGGUCCAAGUGUCUCCUUGAGGCAGACGGUAGUCAAUUGUCUCCAGGUAUUCAAGAUUCCAGGAACAAUAACUGCCUCUAUCGCUCACAUCGCCUUCGGGUUCAGCUUCUACACUUUCUCCACCUUCGUUCCUGAAUAUGUUACAACCUCAAUCUCCAGAUUGACGGCAACACAAGCUGCUCUCGUAGUGACCGCCCCGGGAUAUGGCAGCAUGGCUGGUCGUAUUAUAUUUUCUGCCAUUUCCAUGGCAACUGACAAGGCUGCAAAUUACAUAUUUCUUCUUUCAAUCUGUGGGAUGGGCGUCACCAAUCUCUUAAUUCCACUGUGUGAAAAUCCGACUGCAUUUUACAUAAACGGGACGGUAUAUGGACUAGCCUUAGGAGGCUUUUUUGGUGUUCUCACUCUCGUGUUAGUUCAGCUGUUUGGACUUCAUAACUUGUCAAAAACAUUUGGCAUGUUAAUGAUGUGCUUAGGAUUUGGGGCAUUUGGAGGAUCACCUAUACAAAGUUACCUUUCAACGAUAUAUGACAGGAAUAUCCCGUUCUACCUUGCCGGGGGUUCGUUUAUCCUGACGAUGAUGUUGAUGCUGUCGGUAGUGAUGAGGAAACAAAUGGUGGUCUGUGGAAAUCGGAGGCAAUCAUUCAAUCUGGAAGUUGUAGGUUUUCACAACGCCGCUUUCAUCACAGGCAAUCAAGAUGCCACGGUUUGAUCUAAUACCGGAAGGAAGUACACUGAAUGGAUACAGUCCCGCAGCUGUGUCAGGAGGCGACUCACGGGACAUCAACAGUACGACUUUUUGGCAGCAUACCUUGAUUAAUGUAUCGGGGAAAUAAGUAUAAUACUAUUACACGAAAUUAUUAUUGUCCAAGACACUGUCUCUGUAAGAUAUCUAUACAAUAUUGUCUUUGCAGUAUCUUUGAAUUUUUUUACAUAUGUAGCAAUGUGAUUUUUAAGUAACAGUACCUGUUGUAACGGAACAUAUAUACAGAGUUAUCCGUACUAUACUAUCCUCGCAACUGGGUAACACAGAAUUAGCCAGAUCACACUAUCCCCGCCACUACGGUACACAUAUAUAGAGUUAGCCGGACUACACCGUGUAUCCUAGAGAACCACGUUUUAGGUGGCUGGUACAGAGUGAGGAAUGGGAGCUAUUCCAGACUGAAAUCCCACAAAGUUUCUUGGAACAGUUUUAUACCGUGAUCUGUGUUCAACUCUUUAAUGCCUCACCAAGCUAAACAAAGCGAGUAAAUGGAAUAAUGUGCUCAUCUUAUGUCACACGACAUGGACAUGUCAUUGUCGUUAUCAUACGUUUUUAUUAUUAGCUCGAGUGGCCGAGACUGCAUCUGUCCACCAUCAUAUGAUAUCAGGAUGAUUCUUCUAACAAUAAUGAAUAAUCGCUCGGCUCUCUCUAUAGGUAUGUCAACCCUUGGCAGGUUGAGCGUGUUUUUAUCCACGUAUAAACAAAGGCAGAUGGGACUUGUUCGAGGAGGGCACAGAACCCCUCCAACAAUACCUUCGAAUUUGCAGACCGUUGUCAUAUAGCUGGAAUAUUGCUCCAACAGAGCUGGUCACCGUUAUGUUUGAGCAUGAACACAUUGUUCCUGCAGCAGCAGAUCCAAAAUAGCAAGCGAAUAUCCAUGUUCGAGGCCUCCAAAGGACGUUUCUUCUGACGACCCAAUUUCCAUGGCAGUAAUUGAAUGUGCAGAUUCCCUUUCAGAUUUGUGUGCUAAUAAUGUUGAUUUUUUUCAAGUGAUCCACUUCAUAUGCUAAAUAAAAUUUACAAUACAAUU